AUGCGCGACCUCAUGCCCGCUCAUCUGAAGGCUGCCGCGACACCAGCUGUCGCCGCCCCCGCCGCACCAGCUCACGUCCCGCGACUUGUCGACAACGCUUUCUCCGUCUCGAAUCGCCUCAUCAUCAGCGCCGACGUCGAAGUGCUGCUCGAGAAUGGACCCAUCAAGCUGGAGGCACCCCUUGCGGGCGUGCCGCUCGAGGGACAGUGGAAGGUGGCCGUGGAGUAUGAGGGUGCUGGGCAGAGCUUGACGGCGCGAAUCGAGCACGGGGCCGUUCCAGUCGGCGCUUUCGGAUCUCAAGUCAGCGUCUUUAUCAGGAUUGGCUGGCUGGACGGCGGCAAGGUGGUCAACUUGAAAGGCUCCACCGUCCCCUCGGGCCCGGCUCCUGCGCCGAAGCCAGCAAGUCCUCACUCAGCUUCGACCGGUUGGGCAAUCACUGCAUCGUCGGCGAGGCUGUCAGAGCAUCCGAAGGAGAGGUCCUCGUCUCAUCGCCGUCCUAUCACGUACCGCAUCUCCGUCGAGCUCAACCGAGACGAAGCGACGCAGCGGAUCCCAGAGCGACUCCUUGCCUUCUCGCAGGAUCUCGACCUCCUCGCCAACCCUCACGACGUCCGCUUCGUCUUCUCCGAGACCGACGACGAGCUUUGGGCUCGCAGCGACAUUCUUGCCCGCUCGUCCCCCUACUUUGCGAAGAUACUCGCUUCCGAGUCCGCCGAAGUGGUCACAGUGCCUUCGAAGCGCGCCCGCACCUCGAAGGGCAAGUCGCCCGCAACUGCGGUCGAUGAGGAUGACGCGGACGUCGAAGACUCCGACGACGAGACGGACGAGAUUUACUUCAAGGAGCAUCCGGCGAUGAAGCAGGAGCCCGAGGACUCGCCGUCACCGUACAAGGAGAUCAAGAUCUGUAAGACGGCCUUCACGACCUACCGCGCCGUCCUCGCCUACCUCCGCACCGGUCACAUCGCAUUCGCUCCUCUCUCUUCUUCCUUCUCCAGCGCCGCAGCUCCCGACUCGCCUUCUCGCCGCCAGCUGAUCGAAGACGCCGCAGCGCGGAACGGGAACCACCCCUACCUCGUCUCCCCGAGGUCUGCCUUCCGUCUUGCCCACCGCCUCGAACUGGACGACCUCAAGACGCUCUGCCUCUCGAGCAUGAGGGAGAACCUUACGCCGGAUAUCGCGCCGCACGAGCUCUUCAGCGACGUCUCGGUCGCGCACGCUUCGUGGAGGAACACGAUCGUCGACUUUGUCGUCAAGCACUGGAUCAAGGUAUGCGCGACGGAUGCCUGGAAGGAGGUGCAGGAGAAGGUCGACGCGGACGAGAUCCCUGGCGCAGCGCCGAUCAUGAUGCGACUCCUCCUGGCGAAGGACGGCGCUAUGCGUCGGAGCAAGGCGGAGUCGGUGUAG